AUGGACGCCUACAAACUGGAGGAAGGCACACAUUAUUCUUCUGCAGCUGAGCGGGUCGAUACCUCUAGCUUGCGCAUCCGCCCUGCGCCCGAUGUCCCACAGGAUAUCUUUGAUGACGAUCUUCAGUCCAAGUUUAUCCAGGAGCAUUUGAACGAUCCUAACUUCGAUCUCCAUAAGAAUUACCCCCCUUCGUUUGUAUCUGACAACGAGCACGGCCCUACUCCUCCCUACGAACGAGACUCGAAGAAGCUCGACUACUCCGAUGCUGAUUCUCACUACUCAACGUCGAGAGCGGAAUCUAGGGUGUCAACGGCAAUUGAAUUCGAUGAUGAAUCACCAUAUCCAGAAGUUCGAGCAGCUGUGGCCAGUGUUGAUGAUCCUACCAUGCCCGUUAAUACCUUCCGGAUGUGGUUCUUGGGUAUCCUUUUAUCGCUUUUGACUUCUGGCUUCAACCAAAUCUUUUCUAUGAGAUAUCCUUCCGUCUACAUCACAGGAAUCGUUGCACAGCUUGUAUCUCUUCCUUUGGGACGCGGUCUUGCAGCUAUCCUUCCGACCACCGUCUUCAAUACCUUUGGCUACAAGUGGUCACUCAACCCAGGACCAUUCACCAUCAAGGAGCACGUUUGUAUCACUGUCAUGGCCAAUGUUGUAUGGGGAGGCGCCUACUCCACCGAAGUAGUCCUCAGUCAGCGGGUCUUCUAUGGCCAAAAAACUCCCAUGAGCUAUCAGAUUCUCCUCGCUCUCGGGUCACAAAUCAUUGGAUUCUCUUUGGGUGGUCUUCUUCGCCAGUUUGUUGUAUGGCCUUCGAGCAUGAUCUGGCCUGGUGCUUUGGUCAACUCCGCCUUGUUCAACACGCUUCAUAAAAAUUACGGAAAGCGUGAUCGCGGCCACAUCACCCGCGAACGUUUCUUCGUCAUUGCCAUGAUUUGCAGCUUCAUUUGGUACUGGAUUCCCGGAUUCCUGUUUACCGCCCUCAGCAUGUUUAACUGGGUUUGCUGGAUUGCACCCAACAACAUUGUUGUCAAUGCGUUAUUUGGUACCAACACCGGUUUGGGUAUGAGUAUGCUCAGUUUUGACUGGUCAAUGAUCGCUUUCAUUGGUAGUCCUCUCGUCACACCCUGGUGGUCUCAAAUGAACACUGGUGUUGCAUUUAUUAUCAUGUUUUGGUUUAUCGCUCCAAUCCUUUACUUUACCAACGUUUGGAACUCAGCAUUCUUCCCAAUAUCCGCCCCAGUAACUUUCGACAACACUGGAGCACCGUAUCAAGCUAUUCAGAUCAUUACCGACGGUGUCUUUGAUCUCGCAAAAUAUCAAGCUUAUUCACCUGUCUUCUUGACAACCACACUGGCUUUGGCGUACGGUAUCGCAUUUGCCGCUUUCCCCGCUGUCUUUGUUCACACUUUCCUAUGGUUCCGCAAGGAUAUCGUGCGACGAUUCCGAAGCUCUUUGAAAGACGAGCGAGACGUCCACUCGCGCCUUAUGUUGGCGUAUCGCGAGGUUCCUGCCUGGUGGUAUGGUCUCGUCGGUAUAAUAGCCUUCGCCUUUUUCUGCACCGCCAUCGAGAUUGUUCCCACUCAAUUGCCAAUCUGGGCUGCAGUUGUCGGUAUCAUCCUUGCUUCGAUCCUCGCCAUCCCUCUCGCCAUGCUCCAAGCCAUCACCAACCAACAAGUUCCGACCCAGGUCAUGCACGAACUCAUCGCUGGUUAUAUGCUUCCCGGAAAACCUAUUGCGAAUAUCAUCUUCAAGACCAUUGCUUUCAUUACUUCCAAUCAAGCCGUUAACUUUGCUGGCGACCUUAAACUUGGACAUUACAUGAAGAUCCCCCCUAGAAUCAUGUUUAUGAUUCAGGUUGUCGCGUCCAUCGUGGCGUGCAUCUGGGUUACUCUCAUUCAAGACUGGAUGUUGAACAACGUCGAAGAUAUUUGCACUCCCGGUCAAAAACAGGGAUUCCGCUGCCCGGGUUCGACGACCUUCUAUAGCGCCUCUGUCAUCUGGGGCGCCGUUGGUCCUCGUCGUCUCUUCAGCCCAGGCGCGCCUUACUCUGGCCUGCUCUGGUUCUUCCCUGUCGGUAUCCUUGCACCCAUCCCAUUCUACUUCCUCGCUCGCCGCUUCCCCUUGUCGUUUUACCGAUAUGUCAAUAUCCCCGUCUUCUUUGCUGGUCUCGCUGCCAUGCCUCCCGCUUCCGGAAUUAAUUAUGCAUCCUGGGUGCUUGCCGGCUUUAUCUUCAACUACGUUAUCCGCCGCUUCCAUUUCAGGUGGUGGAUGCGCUAUAACUACAUUCUUUCUGCCGCUCUUGACGCAGGGGCCGUAUUUGCGAUGGUCGUUUUGUUUUUCGCAUUUGGUCUCCCAAAGACAGGCGGAAUUGAACUCAACUGGUGGGGAAAUACUGUAUGGCAAAAUACCGCAGAUGCCAAUGGUAUUCCUUUCAAAGCGAUGCCCGACUCUGGCUUCGUCGGUCCUUCGACAUGGUCCUAG